UUUCGCGCUCUCGCUCCCGUUCAGCGACAGAGCCCGCGGAGCCAGGGAGCGAGCGAGGGAAGGGGUGGAGGUGGCGGGGGGAGGCCGGAGGGGCGGAUCCUGCCUGGGGGCUGAUCCCUCCCUCCCCUCGGCCGGGCUCCGUGGCGGCAGCGGCGGCGGCGGCUCCAUUCCCCCUCCUCCCCCGGGAGCGGUGGCGGCGGCCGGGCCCCCAGCGCGGGCCGGGAGGGGGCACGGCUGUGGCCGCGGAGGCCAGCGCGGGAGGAGGCCGCGCACCGCUCCCCGGGGCGCGUCGACCUGCUCGACGGCCAGCCCGUCCGCGCCCAGGGGCCCCUAACGGUGGGGCCCGGCCGGCUGCUGAGGCUUGUCCCCUUUUUUCCCAGGUGCCAUGAGGAAGCCUCGCCGGAAGUCACGGCAGAAUGCCGAGGGCCGGCGUUCCCCAUCCCCCUACAGUCUCAAGUGCUCACCCACCCGGGAGACCCUGACCUAUGCCCAGGCCCAGCGGAUUGUUGAGGUGGACAUUGAUGGCCGCCUGCAUCGGAUCAGCAUCUAUGACCCACUCAAGAUCAUCACGGAGGAUGAGCUGACUGCACAGGAUAUCACUGAAUGCAAUAGUAACAAGGAAAACAGCGAGCAGCCUCAGUUCCCCGGCAAGUCCAAAAAACCCUCAUCCAAGGGCAAGAAGAAGGAGUCCUGCUCCAAGCAUGCGUCAGGCACUUCCUUCCACCUCCCGCAGCCCAGCUUCCGCGUGGUGGACUCAGGCAGCCAGCCUGAAGCACCCCCGCUGCCCGCUGCCUACUAUCGCUACAUUGAGAAGCCACCUGAAGACCUGGAUGCGGAGGUCGAGUACGACAUGGAUGAGGAGGACCUCGCCUGGCUGGACAUGGUGAAUGAGAAGCGGCGAGUAGAUGGGCACAGUUUGGUGUCAGCAGACACCUUUGAGCUGCUGGUGGACCGGCUUGAGAAGGAGUCAUACCUGGAGAGUCGCAGCAGUGGGGCCCAACAGUCACUCAUUGAUGAAGACGCUUUCUGCUGUGUGUGCCUAGACGACGAGUGCCACAAUAGCAACGUCAUUCUCUUCUGUGACAUCUGCAACUUGGCUGUACACCAGGAAUGCUACGGCGUCCCUUAUAUCCCCGAGGGUCAGUGGCUAUGCCGCUGCUGCCUGCAGUCUCCUUCCCGGCCUGUGGAUUGCAUCCUCUGCCCCAAUAAAGGUGGCGCCUUCAAACAGACCAGUGACGGGCACUGGGCCCACGUGGUGUGUGCUAUCUGGAUCCCUGAAGUCUGCUUCGCUAACACCGUGUUCCUGGAGCCCAUUGAGGGCAUCGACAACAUCCCACCUGCCCGCUGGAAACUCACCUGCUACAUAUGCAAACAGAAGGGGCUGGGUGCAGCCAUCCAGUGCCAUAAGGUAAACUGCUACACAGCCUUCCAUGUGACGUGUGCACAGCGGGCCGGGCUCUUCAUGAAGAUUGAGCCCAUGCGUGAGACCAGCCUCAAUGGCACCAUCUUCACAGUGCGCAAGACCGCCUACUGUGAGGCCCACUCGCCACCGGGGGCUGCCACUGCCAGGAGGAAGGGUGACUCCCCCGGAAGCCUCAGUGAGGCUGGGGAUGAUGAAGGGCUGAAGGAGGGCUGUGGGGAGGAGGAAGAGAAGGAAGAGGUGGAAGAGGAGGAGGAAGAUGAAGGCCAAGGUGGAGUAGGCGGCUCCCUCAAGGGAGUGCCCAAGAAGAACAAGAUGACUUUGAAGCAAAAGACCAAGAAGGAGCCAGAGGAAGUGGGUCGAGACACGCCCUCCACUGUUCCCUUGGUCACUGUCCCCCAGAUACCCUCUUACAGGUUGAACAAGAUCUGUAGUGGUCUCUCCUUUCAGAGGAAAAACCAGUUCAUGCAGCGGCUUCACAACUACUGGCUGUUGAAACGGCAGGCACGGAAUGGUGUCCCUCUCAUCCGGCGCCUGCACUCCCACCUGCAGUCCCAAAGGAACGCCGAGCAGCGAGAGCAGGAUGAGAAAACGAGUGCAGUGAAGGAAGAGCUGAAAUACUGGCAGAAGCUCCGGCAUGACCUGGAGCGGGCGCGGCUGCUGAUUGAGCUGAUUCGGAAAAGAGAGAAGCUCAAGCGAGAGCAGGUCAAGGUGCAGCAGGCUGCCAUGGAGCUGGAGCUGAUGCCAUUCAACGUUCUGCUAAGGACAACCUUGGACUUGCUGCAGGAGAAGGAUCCCGCACACAUCUUUGCCGAGCCCGUCAACCUGAGUGAGGUUCCAGAUUACCUGGAAUUCAUAUCCAAGCCAAUGGAUUUUUCUACCAUGAGGCGGAAGCUGGAAUCCCAUCUGUACUUCACCUUGGAGGAAUUUGAGGAGGACUUUAACCUUAUAGUUACCAACUGCAUGAAGUAUAAUGCUAAAGACACAAUUUUCCACCGAGCAGCUGUCCGCCUGCGGGACCUGGGAGGGGCCAUCCUGCGGCACGCCCGGCGGCAGGCAGAGAACAUCGGCUAUGACCCCGAGAGGGGCACCCACUUGCCCGACUCACCCAAAUUGGAGGACUUUUACCGCUUCUCCUGGGAAGACGUGGACAACAUCCUCCUACCUGAGAACCGGGCCCAUUUGUCCCCGGAGGUGCAACUGAAGGAGCUGCUGGAAAAACUGGACCUGGUGAGUGCCAUGCGGUCCAGUGGGGCCCGGACCCGCCGCGUCCGCCUGCUGCGCCGGGAGAUCAAUGCCCUCCGGCAGAAGCUGGCACAACCGCCGCCACCACAGCUGCCCUCACUGAACAAGACUGUGUCCAAUGGGGAGCUGCCAGCAGGGCCCCAAGGGGAUGCUGCUGUGCUGGAACAGGCCCCGCAGGAGGAGCCAGAAGACGAUGGGGACAGAGAUGACUCCAAACUGCCUCCCCCACCAACCCUGGAGCCCACUGGGCCUGCACCUUCCUUAUCUGAACAAGAAUCCCCUCCGGACCCCCCCACCCUGAAACCCAUCAAUGAUAGCAAACCUCCAGGCCGAUUCCUAAAGCCCAGGAAGGUAGAAGAAGACGAGCUCUUGGAAAAAUCACCUCUGCAGCUAGGGAGCGAGCCUUUGCAGUGCCUGCUCAGCGACAAUGGCAUCAAUAGACUGUCCCUUCUGGCCCCUGACGCCCCUGCCGGCACCUCCCUCAGCGGUGUGGGCCGCCGCACCUCAGUCCUCUUCAAGAAGGCUAAGAAUGGGGUUCAGCUGCAGAGGAGCCCAGAAAGGGCCCUGGAGAAUGGCGAGGACCAUGGUGCAGUAGGCUCCCCUGCCUCUCCCGCCAGCAUCGAGGAUGAGCAGCACUCCCGGAAGCGGCCGAGGAGCAGGAGCUGUAGUGAGAGUGAAGGGGAGAGGUCCCCCCAGCAGGAGGAAGAGACAGGUGUGACCAACGGCUUUGGAAAACACACCGAAAGUGGGUCUGACUCAGAAUGUAGUUUGGGCCUCGGUGGUGGACUGGCCUCUGAAGCUUGCAGUGGUCUGAUACCCCCCAAACGCAGCCGUGGGAAGCCAGCCCUGUCUCGAGUGCCCUUCCUGGAAGGUGUGAAUGGAGACUCUGACUACAAUGGUUCAGGCAGAAGCCUCCUGAUGCCCUUUGAAGACCGUGGAGACCUGGAGCCCUUGGAGCUGGUGUGGGCCAAGUGCCGAGGCUAUCCCUCCUACCCUGCCUUGAUCAUCGACCCCAAGAUGCCCCGGGAGGGCCUCCUGCACAAUGGCGUCCCCAUCCCUGUCCCCCCACUGGAUGUGCUGAAACUGGGAGAGCAGAAACAGGCCGAGGCUGGAGAGAAGCUCUUCCUUGUCCUCUUUUUUGACAACAAGCGCACCUGGCAGUGGCUUCCGAGGGACAAAGUCCUGCCGCUGGGUGUGGAGGACACGGUGGACAAGCUGAAGAUGCUGGAAGGCCGCAAGACCAGCAUUCGCAAGUCGGUGCAGGUGGCCUACGAUCGCGCGAUGAUCCACCUGAGCCGGGUCCGCGGGCCCCACUCCUUUGUCACCUCCAGCUACCUGUAGGAGUGGGGCCUGGCCUGUGCCUGCCCUGCCUCUGUCCCCAGGGACACAGAAAAGCUUCUCCCUGCCCCCGGCCACACGUAUGGCCGGCAGCUUCCCCCUUUCAUAGCAGGCCAGGGACCGGGCUGUAUCCUUUCUGAGGGCGAGGCCCAGUUGUGACCAGCUGCAUGGUUCCACUGGCGGGCCUGCUGUGUGCCAAAAACUCCCCCGUGAGCUCCCUCAGGGGCUAGUCCAUGGAAGAGCCAGUUAGAAGUAGAAACAGCUGUGAGGCCCGGCGAGGCGAUGGGCCUGGCCCCGGAAGGCAAGGCGUCCUGGGCUCUUUUUCAAGGGCGUGCCCGGCCCCUCCACCCCACUCCCACUUAACUACACCUCAGGGCGAGCGAGGCUCUGCCAUUGUCCCCAGAGGCGCUGUGGAUACUCGGUCCCAUGGGGAAUCUCACUGAGCU